UGUUAGGAUUUGGGCUUGUGUGUCUCUCUCUCUCACUUCCAGAGGAGGAGCGAAGAGGGGAGUGAAUGAGAAGGUCUCGCAGUCCCACGCAGUGAAAGAGAGAGAGUGUGUGUGUAAAACAGAGGGGGAGACAGAUUUGGAAAAAAAGUUCCUGCCACUGGGAUAAACUCCACGGUUCACCAAGGACUCCUGAGUAAAGCCAGCUGCAGACAACACCUCAGGAUGCAGGUCUUUGGACAUGGCAUUGGGACUUGGCUUCUCGUGGGAUUUGUAGCUGUGACGUUUGAUUUCGUCAGCGAGGCACAAGCUCAAGUUGCCUCCCCAACAAGAUUAAAGUUUUCUAUAAUGUCUCAGGACAGUGUUAAGAUUACAUGGAAACCUCCUAGAGGGAGAUUUCACGAAUACAGAUUAACUGUGCACCAGUUGUAGGUGGUAAACCCCAGAAAUUAAGCAUACGGAAGGGUGAGACAGCUGUCGUGGUGGAAGGUCUUCUCCCCAACCAGGAGUACGUGGUGCAACUGUUUGCGAUCAACAAUAAAAAAGAAAGUGCACCAGCUCAGGGGCGGUUUACAAUGAGGGCAUCACGCAGCAGAGGCAGGCAAGGAUCCCCCUCCCAAACUAAACCAAAGAAAGUAUCGGACUCUCAAGCCGGCAAUACCACAACUGAUGAAGGUUCUCAGUUUAUGUGCGAGUCUCCAGCUAUUGCCGACAUCGUUGUUCUUGUGGACGGUUCGUGGAGCAUCGGCCGACUUAAUUUCCGACUCGUACGACUCUUUUUGGAGAACUUGGUUAGUGCUUUCAAUGUAGAUUCUGACAAAACCAGAAUAGGACUGGCUCAGUACAGUGGAGACCCGAGGGUGGAAUGGAAUCUGAACCAACACAGCACAAAGGAGGCUGUAUUGGACGCUGUCAGAAAUCUGCCUUACAAAGGUGGCAACACACUUACAGGCCUCGCUUUGACGUUCAUCCUGGAGAACAGUUUUAAGCCCGAGGCUGGGUCGAGAACGGGUGUGCCGAAGAUUGGGAUCCUGAUCACGGAUGGCAAAUCUCAGGAUGACGUUUUCUCAUCGGCUGAGAGUUUACGUGAUGCUGGCAUCGAGCUCUUUGCUAUCGGCGUGAAAAAUGCCGAUGUAAAUGAGCUGAAGGCUAUAGCCUCCGAACCUGACGAGACACAUGUUUACAACGUGGCAGACUUCAAUAUCAUGAACACGAUCAUCGAAAGUCUCACCAAGACAGUGUGCACACGUGUGGAAGAACAGGACAAAGGGAUUAAAGGUUCUCAGUUUAUGUGCGAGUCUCCAGCUAUUGCCGACAUCGUUGUUCUUGUGGACGGUUCGUGGAGCAUCGGCCGACUUAAUUUCCAACUCGUACGACUGUUUUUGGAGAACUUGGUUAGUGCUUUCAAUGUAGAUUCUGACAAAACCAGAAUAGGACUGGCUCAGUACAGUGGAGACCCGAGGGUGGAAUGGAAUCUGAACCAACACAGCACAAAGGAGGCUGUAUUGGACGCUGUCAAAAAUCUGCCUUACAAAGGCGGCAACACACUUACAGGCCUCGCUUUGACGUUCAUCCUGGAGAACAGUUUUAAGCCCGAGGCUGGGUCGAGAACGGGUGUGCCGAAGAUUGGGAUCCUGAUCACGGAUGGCAAAUCUCAGGAUGACGUUUUCUCAUCGGCUGAGAGUUUACGUGAUGCUGGCAUCGAGCUCUUUGCUAUCGGCGUGAAAAAUGCCGAUGUAAAUGAGCUGAAGGCUAUUGCCUCCGAACCUGACGAGACACAUGUUUACAACGUGGCUGACUUCAAUAUCAUGAACACGAUCAUCGAAAGUCUCACCAAGACAGUGUGCACACGUGUGGAAGAACAGGACAAAGGGAUUAAAGAAGCAUCAGGCAGGAAGAGCCUGGAGCCAGCUGCACCCUCGAACCUUGUGGUCACCGACGUCACCCCCCGCAGUUUCCGUGUCAGCUGGUCACACGCACCAGGGAAUGUGGAGAAAUACCGUGUGGUCUAUUACUCCACCACCGCAGGUCAGCCAGAAGAGGUGGUUGUGGACGGGAUAGAAUCAACUGCCGUUCUCCAGAAUCUGAUGUCCUUGACGGAAUAUCAGAUCGCGGUGUUUGCCAUCUACACAAAGGCUGCCAGUGAAGCACUCCGGGGCACCGCAACCACACUGGCCCUGCCUGCUGCCGCGGACCUGGAUAUCUAUGACGUGACCCACAACAGCAUGAGAGUAAAGUGGGAGGCCGCAGAAGCUGCCUCGGAGUACAUGAUCCUUUACGCUGCGCUCACCGGGGGAGACACAGCUGAUGAAAAGGAGGUAAAGGUGGACAAUUCAGUUACGGAUAUAGAACUGGAAAGGUUGUCGCCGAACACUGAAUAUACCGUGACGGUGUACGCCAUGUACGGGGAGGAAGCGAGUGACCCCCUGACCGGACAAGAAACAACACUGCCACUUACACCUCCCCAGAACCUCCAGUUCUCUGAGAUCACCCACAGCACGGGCAGGGCCAGCUGGGAAGCAGGAUCAAGGAAAGCUCUGGGCUAUCGUGUCAUGUACGUGAAGACUGAUACCACUGCGAUGGGCAUGGUUGAAGUUGAAGACGCAACACCGAUUUUCUUAACAAACCUGACAUCACUUACGGAGUACACAGUUGCAGUCUUGGCAAUCUAUGAUGAGGGGCAAUCAGCCCCACUGACAGGCAGCUUCACCACAAAGAAUGUUCCGCAGCCUUUGUCCUUAAGGAUCAGUGAUGUUUUUGAGGAAGAGUUCAGAGUUAGCUGGAAUCAUGCUGCUGAUGAUGUUACCUUAUACAGACUGGCAUGCACUCCCUUGAGUGGUGAAGAGGCAAAGGAGUUUGUGUUCAGCGGGGCUACAGACAUGGUGGUUCUUGAUCAUUUACUCCCUGGGACGGAAUAUGAGGUGUCUCUAUCUGCAAUUUACAGCGAUGAGGCAGAAAGUGAAGUUGUUACAGCCCUUGAAACUACACUUCAGCGAAUAAUCACAACAACGCCAGCCACCACAACAACUCUUCGUCCAACUACAGUAGUAAUCCGAUCUGGAAUAAGGAACCUGGUCUUGGAUGAUGAGACCACUUUCAGUCUGCAUGUCUCGUGGGAGCCUGCCGAUGCCUUCAUCACCCAGUACAGAGUGUCCUAUGUAUCUUUGAAGGGGGAUCGAGCGGAAGAAGGGGUAAGCAUGGUGAUGGUUCCAGGGAGGCAGAAUGAUCUCCUACUCCAGCCUCUGCUCUCGGACACGUCGUAUCGAAUUACCGUGACACCGAUCUACGCCGACGGAGAAGGGAGCGGCCGCACAGUUACUGGGAAGACGUUGGCGCUCUCUGGCCCGAUAAACCUGCACGUAUCGGAGGAAUGGUACAACCGUUUCCGGAUUAGAUGGGACGCCCCACCAUCACCGACAAUGGGCUACAGAGUGAUGUACACGUCGGCCUCUGCCCCUGGGCCAACUCUGGAUACCUUUGUGGGAGAAGACGUGAACACAAUGUUUAUUCUUAACCUACUCAGUGGAACCGAAUAUAUCGUCAAGGUGUUUGCAACCUACCCCACGGGUUCUAGCGAGCCGCUGACAGGAAGAGCCAAGACACUGUAUCUUGGUGUGACGAAUCUUGCCACGGAAGAUGUUCGGAUGACAAGCAUGUGCGCUCGCUGGCAGUUUCAUCGACACGCCACCUCCUACAGAGUAGUUAUCGAAUCACUCAGAGAUGGAAAGAAGGAAGAGGUGAUUGUUAAUGGAGGGACAUCUCGUCACUGCUUUUAUAAUCUCAUUCCAAACACCAAGCACAGGAUCAGUGUGUACACCCAGCUGCAGGAGAUGGAAGGUUUGGCCGUGAACAUACUCGAAGCAACUGUUCCCGUUCCGACGGAGCCACCAACUCCUCCUCCAACAACUGUCCCGCCGCCCACAAUCCCACCGGCUCGGGAGGUUUGCAAAACUGCCAAAGCUAAUCUGGUCUUCCUAGUGGAUGGGUCGUGGAGUAUUGGGGAUGAGAACUUUGACAAGAUCAUUGGUUUCUUGUACAACACCAUUGGAGCUCUGUAUAAGAUUGGACCGGAUGGGACUCAGGUUGCAAUUAUUCAGUUCAGCGAUGAUCCCAGAACAGAAUUUCAACUCAACUCGUACAAUGACAAGGGGAUUCUCCUCAACGCUGUCGAACGCAUUAGGUACAAGGGUGGAAAUACAAAGACAGGUAGAGCCAUAAAACAUGCCAAGGAUUCUGUGUUCACAGUCGAAGCAGGAUUACAGAGAGGCAUUCCCAAUGUCCUGGUGGUCAUUACAGAUGGUCGAUCUCAAGAUGAUGUUGUCAAGACUUCCCAAGAGAUGCAGUUGGAAGGAUUCACUAUCUUUGCGGUUGGCGUUGCUGAUGCUGAUUAUGCAGAGCUGAUGAACAUUGCCAACAAGCCCAGCAACAGGCAUGCCUUCUUCGUGGAUGACUUUGAUGCCUUCAAGAAGAUUGAGGACGAGCUUGUUACCUUUGUCUGUGAGACAGCCUCUGCAACUUGUCCAUUGGCCCUCAUUGGAGAUAGCAGCCUUGCAGGGUUUAAAAUGAUGGAGAUGUUUGGGCUGGUUGAGAAGGAGUACGCUUCUGUCGAAGGAGUGUCAUUGGAAUCGGGCUCAUUCAACAGCUUUCCUUGUUUCAGACUGCACAAGAAUGCUCUGGUUUCACAACCCACAAGGAAUGUCCAUCCCGAGGGGUUGCCAUCGGACUACACCGUCACCUUCCUCUUCCGCCUGCUGUCUGACACUCCGCAGGAACCCUUCGCCCUUUGGGAGGUCCUCAACAAGCAGAGCGAGCCCCUGGUCGGGGUCAUCUUGGACAAUGGCAGGAAAGCUCUCACCUACUUUAACUACGAUUAUAAGGAUGAGUUCCAGACCGUCACCUUUGAUGAUCCAGAAGUCAAGAAGAUCUUUUAUGGAAGCUUUCAUAAGAUGCACGUGGUAAUAACCAAAACCCACGCAAGGCUGGUGGUGGACUGCAAGCAAGUGGGGGAGAAGUCGAUCAAUGCGGCAGGAAACAUCAGCACCACUGGGUUGGAGGUACUGGGCCGGAUGGUGCACUCCCGGAGCCCGAGGGACAGCUCGGCAUCGUUCCAAUUGCAAGGGUUUGAUAUUUCCUGUUCCACGUCCUAUGCAAGCAGGGACAAGUGCUGUGAACUUCCUGCGCUGAGAGAUGAAGCCAAUUGCCCAGCUCUUCCUCAUGCCUGCACUUGUUCCCAAGACAGCAAAGGACCUCCUGGACCCCUGGGACCCCCGGGUAACGCAGGUUUACGAGGCCAAAGAGGUGUGAGAGGAGAACAAGGUCCAAGGGGACCUGAUGGUCAGAGGGGGGUGAUCGGCCUGCCGGGUCCGCAGGGUCAGCCUGGACCCCAGGGACCGAGCGGACAAUCCAUUCAAGGCCUUCCGGGGAGCGCUGGUGAAAAGGGUGAGAAAGGCCAGAGUGGCCCCGCUGGUCACCAGGGUCUGUCAGGUCCUCGAGGACUCUCGGGACGAGAUGGGCCACCAGGUCAAAGGGGUUCUGUGGGUAAAGAUGGACCUUCAGGGCUACUAGGCUCACCUGGGCCGAUGGGAAGUCCAGGAGUCCCUGGUUCCCCUGGAGCUGCAGGAAGUCCCGGUUCCCAGGGCGACAUCGGACCUCCCGGUGCUCAGGGUCUGAAAGGAGAGAGGGGCCCGAGGGGAGACGUCCAGUCACAGAGUACAGUCCAUGACAUUGCUCAGCAAGUGUGUGAGCAGCUCAUCCAGAGCCACUUAUCAAGAUACAACUCCAUUCUCAACUCCAUUCCCAGCAACUCCGUCCAAGUGCGGGCUGUUCCAGGGCCUCCCGGAGACACUGGCCGUGACGGAACAGUAGGCCCAGCAGGAGAACCCGGACCUCAGGGCCGGCCAGGAUUCCCUGGCACGUCGGGAAUACCAGGUCGACCAGGAGAAAGAGGUUCGCCGGGCGAAAAAGGAGAGCGGGGAUCUACUGGGUUUGGUAAACAGGGCCCAAGAGGAACUCCAGGAACUCCAGGCCCUCAGGGGGAGGGCCGGAGUGGGAGCCAAGGACCACCAGGUCCCCCAGGGCGGCAAGGCAGCUUGGGACGUACUGGAUCCUCUGGACCAAGAGGACAGCCUGGCCCAUCAGGCUACUGUGACCCUUCUUCAUGUGCUGGCUACAAUGUUGGAGGUGGAUACAAUGAUCCAACUAAUCAAGACAUCCCCGUAGUACAAUUGCCUCCACGCUCCUACCAAACUUAUGACCCUUACGAUGAGCAAGAUCCGUACGUGUACCAUGGGCCCUACCCCUACCCAAACCCAUACUCCCAGCCCUCCUACCCAGAGCCUCAUCCUGUGGAACCGGAUCAUCCUUUCGAUGGAGAGGAGGAGGAAUCAGAAGAGGUUGAGGUCAGAUCACCUGGAAUUAGACGAUUCGCAAGGAGCAUUUCUAAAUGGCGUCGCGCAUCUACAAGCACAGCAAAGAAGAACCAAUGAAGGAGUGUCGUCAGAGUGUAAAAUCUCACAUGCUUUAUCCCUAUCAAAUGGGCAAUAGAAAUUGUGCAUUCAGCUCAGAGAUUAAAAACUGGGAUCUCUAGAGAUUUCUAAAAAUAAUGUAACAAUUACACAGACGAGGUCAAGCAAUAAUGAUUGGCUCUGGUGUUGCCAACAUAAAGCAUUUGUGCCAUUAGAUGAGAAUUAAAAAUUUCAAAAGAUUGUUAAAUAUUUUAGCAAUAAAGAUGUUGACUGAUUAUUUCCAAUUACUAAUCUUAUUGAAGAUUAGUAGGGUGCUACUUUCAGUUAUUUGUUACAUUCCAAGGGCAUAGAACUGUUGUUUACCAUUCUAUAGCAUUUCUAUUUGUGUUAAAUUAAUUGAUUGCAUCAUUGAAUUUUGUAGUAAUGUUUGAAGAGCAAAAACAAUUUGAUAAAGACAUUGAGAAAAAUUAGUUCAAUGGUUACGCACUUAAGCUGAUUCAUAAACCACUGGAGAGGUUUCAUUUGUAGACCACGUGCGGCGGAGCUGUUAAACCUUGCUGCAGAAUUGCAGGGGAGCACAGCAAUAAAAGGGAAACUUUACAAAGACAAAAUUGUGCCUUUGCUAUCAAGGGAAGCUGUUUAAAUGGAGUCCAUAUAGUUUUUCUUCCAAAUGGUACCCAUUCCCUAUUCUACUCAAUUAGUUCUUUGUAAAAUCUAGCAGGUAAUUUAUUUGGAUGAAACUGUCAUUGUUCAAGUAUCAAGUAAAAUAAAAAAAAUAAACCGUC